AUGCAGGUCCUUUCCUCUGCUGUCGGUUUGACAUCUCGCUUGUGCAAGUCACAUGUCAACAGGGCUGCUCUCCCAUUGGACGGCUCCACGAGCCACGCCCAGCAGCACUACGGGUACAGACAUCCAGGAAUCCCCAGGGAGAGGAGUUUUGGCUGUAAGGUUUGUGGGAAGGUGUUCAAGAGAUCGUCGACUCUGUCCACACACCUGCUCAUACACUCGGACACGCGGCCGUACCCCUGUCCCUUCUGCGGGAAGAGAUUCCACCAGAAAUCUGACAUGAAGAAACACACCUUCAUACACACUGGUGAGAAGCCUCAUGUGUGUGUGGUGUGCGGUAAAGCGUUCAGUCAGAGCUCUAAUCUGAUCACACACUGCAGAAAACACAGCAGCUUCCAGCCGUUCAGCUGCCCGCACUGCUCACUCAGCUUCCAGAGGAGAAUGGACCUACAGCGCCACCUACAGACUCACUCAGAGGACCACAGCGGACUGUAUCACGGGAGCUGAGCAGCACACACACACAUGUUGUUGCAUUGUAUGAAAUGAGUCUGAAUAAUUCGUUCACAUCACAUACAUAGCUUUAAGACCUUAUGAUGGGCUCUUCACGUGUCACAUGUGGUGUAUUCGUGGUUGUGAUAUCAUAAUCAUGGGGAUUCAUCACUGAUUUCAAAUGAAAUGUUAUGGGGAUUUUUAUACUGUACUGCAUAUUCUGUCCUCUUACACUAAAUUUACCCCUAAACAUACCCAUCACACACAACUUUCUGCAUUUUUUUCAAAAAAACAAAAACAAAAACAAAAAAACAUCACUUAAUAUGAUUUAUUAUGGGGACCAACAAAGUUCUGCCAUGGAUUUUAUGUACUUUAUGGGGACAUUUUGUCAUUUAGACGGUGAAAUGACGGAUUGCUUGCUGGGGAACCAAAUUACAGGAUAUUUUCAGGAAGUUUUCACCAUUUUGAAUAAUUUUUUUUUCUUUUUGCUUGCUUCAUUUUAAAUGGUGUAGUGUUAUAAAUGAAUUUUAAAUGAACAAAUAUUCCACAUAGCUCACAAAAACGGCAUUGUAAUUACACUAUACAAUUGAAUUGCUGAGACCUGCUACAUAAAAAAAUCCAUUGCUAGCUCAAUGUGAAGAUUUUUUUUUUAGCUAAAGUUCAGACUAAUGUUGCUGUACCCAACAAAUUUUGUUCUUCUCUCGAACUGCACACUUUGUUUGAAUGUGAAAUGUGUCUGAAUACUUCACAUCACAUAGCUUUAAGGCCUAAUAAUUGGCUCUUCAUGUGUCAUGUUGUGUUCAUGGUUGUGACGUCAUAAUCACGAGGAAACUCUGAUUUCAAAUGAUUAAGAAUCAUCCCGAUAUCCAUGAUAUGACUUUUAAUAACAAAUACAGUCAGAACAUCAACAGUAAAAGUUCAGCUUUGUGACAGUA